UUUAAAGAUCGUGUUGAUCAUGUGACUUGUAUUUGUCCGUAAAAAUGGCUUCCACAAAGCGUCUUGGUAAUCUUGCGCUGGACAAGACGGUGAUCUUUGUGUGUGACAUGCAGGAACGGUUCCGUCCAGCUAUCAAUUAUUUCGCAGAAAUAGUUGAAGUUGCAGGAAGAAUACUUGAAGCCUCUAAGCUUUUGAACAUUCCAGUAAUUGUGACUGAACAAUAUCCAAAAGGUCUGGGGAGUACAGUGGCUGAACUGGACAUCAGUCAUGCUGUUGGUAAAUUCGAAAAGACCAAGUUCAGCAUGAUGUUACCGGAGGUUGAGGAGAAGAUGAAGACUCUCUGUGGGGGGGAUGUCCAGCAUGUAGUCCUCCUGGGUAUAGAGGCCCACGUGUGUGUCCAGCAGACCGUCAUAGACCUGCUGUCGAGGGACAUUGAGGUUCAUGUCGUGGCCGACGCCACCUCCUCUAGGAGCCAGAUGGACCGCUUGUUUGCUUUUGAGCGAUUCCGACACAGCGGAGCGACAGUAACUACUAGUGAAGCGGUCUUACUACAAUUUAUAGGUGAUAAAGACCACCCACAGUUCAAACCUAUCCAGCAACUCAUCAAAAAAAGUGCCCCUGACUCAGGACUCGUUACCAAACUGUAGAUUGUUUAAACAUAUUCAGCAACUACUCAUUGAAGUUCCCAACUGUGGACGAUUGUACAAAUGUGUAAUCUGUAGUUCCUUUACAGGCUUUGUACAUAUUUGAGUCGGUGGGGUAGAUCACACUGUCGUACAUUUGUAUCCAUUUGUCCAUCCUCAGUCAUCUGUGUAAAGAUUUUUUGUAAGGCUCAAUAUUUACCUAGUAUUUGUGGAUCAAAUAUGAAUUGAAUAAAGACAUCUUAUGUAAAACACAUAUGGAGACAUCUGUUUUAUUCUUUGCAAACCAUUGGAACUUGUUUCACUUUGAUUCUUUGGUAGACAAAAUGUCUUGAAAACAAUAU